UUUAAGCAUGAGAGUCUAUUGUGCCUGUCACUCUUGUUGCAGCAGCAGUCAUCUGAAACAUUUUGAGCACACUGGCUUACACUCAGCGUUAGCACGUCUCUCUCACUAAUAGUGCUCUUUGCGAACAGGCUUAACCAAUAGCACAUCUGCAGAAAAGUUUAAAACGCCGCUGACAAACACAAUCGCCUGGUAGGAAUGGGAUUAUCGGCCAGGUAAUCCGGUAAAAGAACAAAGACACCUGAAGAAACACAAGAUCCUGGAGGGACUGAUAAAUGGAUUUGCUGUAGUGCGGCUACAGUUUGUGUCGCACCACCAGCAGUGUUUUGCAAGUGCUUAAGAGAGAGACGGUCACUGUGGAAGAGCGGGGAGAAUGUUUCUGUGGGCUGGAAGCAAAGCAGCUCAAGGAUCAGGAAGUGAGAGAAGCAGGACGAUUUAUCAGAAGAUUCGAGAGUAUGAUAUUUUGGAGAAGAGGAGGACGGUGACCGCGCUGAAGGCUGGAGAGGACAGAGCCAUUCUCUUAGGCCUCAGCAUGAUCCUAUGCUCCGCCAUGAUGUACUUUGUGUUGGGCAUCACAAUGGUGCGUUCUUACUCAGACAGUGUUUGGACAGAGGAGUCAAACUGCACAGUGUUGAACUCGAGUGUAGUUGCUGAGAUUAACUGUAGCUACAGCUGUGGUUCAGAGUGCCGGAAAAGCUCCAGGUAUCCCUGUCUUCAAGUGUAUGUCAGUUUGGACUCUGGUAAAGUUCAGCGGCUCUCAUACAACGAGGAAGCGCAUGAGGCCAAUCCUGAGUGUUUUUACAUCCCAAAGUGCCGAAAGGAGCAAACACUAAUGCACACCAUAGUGAUGAACAUCUCGGAGCGGCUCAAGAUGCACCAGCAGGUUCUGUGUUAUUAUGACCCCUCAGAGCAGCAGGACGGCGUACUUCUGACACGUCUCUACGGCCGCGGAGCGAUCAUCAGCUCGCUCCUUUGGCCCACAUGCACCCUUGUCGGGGGAACGCUUAUCAUCGCAAUGGUGAAGCUCACUCAAUACCUGUCCUUCCUGUGCGAGCAGAUCAGCCGCAUUAAAAGGAUGGGGCUUUACUCCUUAAGAGGAGCUUCUCAUGCUCAGGUCUGCACCCGGAAGUUUAACGGCGGCAUCCAGGAUGUGGUUUGAUAUGCGAAUUUGGACCUGUCUCCUACUCAACAAAGUGUUUUGCCUGUUAUGUUGUCUUCCUCCUGCUUUGUCCAUCUGUCCGGGUUGUGCUGACAAGGAUGGAGUAUUUUUAUUUGUAUUUUUUUGUGAAUGAAAACUUCUUGAGGAUCAAUAGAGCCCCUAGUAUUUGGAACUUCAUGCUACCAGACUGGGUCAAGUCUGAUUUUGAAACUCAAGGGUCAAAAUCUGUGGUCAUGUUGUGGGGUGUUGAUUACACUUUUAGACCACCGGAUUGCAGAGAGUCCUUUCCAAGAAGAUGCCACUGUGUAGGAAUAGGUCUCGACCAGUUGGCUUGAAUGUAAUCAUGGAAAUUAAUAGUAUGCUUUGAACACACUACUUCAAACAGAAGUGACGGCUGUCAUUCAUGGCUCUUUGACAAACACUUGUGGAGUACUUCAGAGCCAAAGUCAUUUGUUGCUUGUUACAGUGUAUCUUUUAAAGGGCACCUAUGGUGAAAAAUCUACUUUUCAAGCUGAUGGGACAGACAGGUGUGUAAGUAUAGAGUAUAGACCAUCAUAUUGGGGUGAUAUAAACACACCCUGUCCUUUUUUCAAUUUAACAACAUAAAACGAUGGAGCAAUUGGAAUGGUUAUAAGAUCGACCGCAACUUGAUGUAGGAGUGCGGUCCCCCUGCACACCAAUAUUGAAUGACAGACGUGCAUCACCUUAUCCUCAGUUUGUUGUUUCACUUCCGCCAUUUUCAGCGUGUGACUCAAAGCGAUGUCACCAAAGGAACACCCUUGCUCUAUUUUUAGAUGUAAGGCUCAUUGGGCUCAACACA